AAAGAGUCAUUUCUGACCAGGAGUAAAUUCAGAGCCAAGAAUCGAAAUAUAAUGCUAAGGUCGAGGCCGUCCAGGCUGAGCACAAUAAACUUCUCGAGGAGGCCUUCAGCCGUGCUAAGGUCUGCCCCUCUUCAUGCUGCUCUGACCUUCGUUAACGCUGGCAGUAGAGCGACGCUGGAGCAGUUCAUAGCCAGGAGUUACAGGCUUUGCGUGCUCAAUCUCAAGAGGCUAUUGAGCAGCUCCGUACUGCGCACCAGUCGACCGUAGAGAGUCUCAAGAACGAGCACGCUGCCGCUCACGGAACACAGAUGACGCAGUUCGAGAAGCAAAUCGGCAGCCAGAACCUAGAGCUCAACGCCACACGUGAGGACCUCGCAAAGGCGAAGUCUGCGCACGCCUCCAUUACGCGAGAGCUGGAGAUAACGAAAGCGCAGCUGGAUGAAACUCGGCAGCUCCUACAAACCUUGGACAAAUCCGACAAGGAUGUCGCUAUAACUCGCCUCACUCAAGAUCUGGCCAACCUUCGUGAAGAACACAGUGCUCUGCAGGACAUGCUUAUGGCUCAGAAUGAUACGCUGCGCCAGGUCACGAACAAUCAUACGACCGAGCUCGAGGAAGCUGCGAAGCACCGUGCUGAGGAGGUCACGAAGCUGCGCGCUGCGCACCAGGACGAGAUCGACACUCUCAUGAAGGAUAGGACCGAACUGUCCGUCCAGCUGUCUGACCUCCAGGGAGAGCUGGCUACUCUCAAGGCAACGCUGGAGGAGACCCAGACCGCUACGCGGACCAACGGGACGACGCACGAGCGGUCAUCGAACGUUACCAAAGAGGACCUCCAGAAGAUGCACGAGGCGCACAACCUUAAACUUUACGACCUGCAGGCAGAGCAUGAUCGCGCCAUGCGUGCACUCAAGGAGGAGCUCGAAGCGGUCCUCAACAAGGCUGACGAGCUGAACCAAGAGGUCGCGCGGAAGGCGAUGGAGAUUCAGUAUCUCGAGCAGGAGCAAGAGGAGAGCCAAGAUCAAAUCACACGGUAUGUUAAGGUUUUCGGCUUCAAGAGUUUUCUUGCUGCCUGCGCUGCUCUGGCCAUUAUUUACGGACUAUCUUAAACCUUGCACACAUUCUCUUCUGUCCUGAUCGCGCUCCUUUCUAGCUGCCUUUAUUUUGGACCUUUAAUUUAUUUAGAUAUUGUGUUUGCGUCUUCUUUGAACCCACACCGUCGUCGCUCCUUUCGAUAUCGCUCAUCCAAUCUUCUACAGACUGAAGGCAGACAACGACCACCUGCUUGAGCAGUUCAAGGCCAAGGAAUAAGCAUGAAGGACGCCCUGACAAAACAAUCUAGCCUCGCGGAUUCCAUCACUUUGCAACGUUUCAAAGUUCCACGAACACGCUCAGAAGGCGCCUUCAAGAAUCAUGGUCGGACGGUCAGAUGCACCCAGCCUCUCUACUUUUCUUCACGGACUCCACAUUUAUAUCUUUGUAGCACAAAUUCACUGCUAAUCUCAGGCGAAUUUGUGUUCCUCGUUUCUCUUCUGUCUCCGCUCUCAUGUUUGUCAAACUGUUGUCCGCAUCGUAUACCCCGCAAUAAUUCAUGCCAUGCAGUCAGCUCUACAUAUCGAUUCGCCACUCUAGAUCAGCGGUAUUAAGACGAGCAGAAGUAUGUCAAGCAGCCCAUUAAGCGUGAGGUGUCCUAAAACCAACCAAGCAACCCGAGUAAAGAACGUAAGACCCAGUUAGUCUAUGUACUGUAGCAUGCCUCUAGAGUGGAGAUUAGGGAGGUGUUUCCGCACGAAGGAACCGACGUCCUGCAUGUGUUCGACGGCCGUAUGCCACACCGCAACCUUGACCGCGACAGUACUAAGCGCCUUGAAAGUAUCCUGGAGGAGCAAUCGCUCCAUGCGCGCCCAAUUGUGUCCGAAAAGCGUUCCGAGAAGUCUGACCUCGAACGUGACGUUUUCUAGUUUCGCAGGAUUGACGUCUGCGAGAAGGGCGUUUACCCAAGACACGGUGGACUCGAGCGCGAUGGGGCAGCGCAGCGAGAGCGUCUCGAGGUUGAGACAGCCCGCGAGCGUGAACUCAAACGGCAGACGGACAUCUGUGCCGCGCCGCGAUCAGUUGCCGACGUCCGUGGAAAAAGAUGUGGAUGAUGCCUACCUCGGUAGCUUGAGCAGUACCAGUCGAGGUCAACGUGCUUCAGCGUGGGUGCAGACGCACGCAGCAACUCCCCGAGCAUUAUUGCAUCGCCCUCGAAGGCGAGGCAGGCGGAGAUGCUCUCUAGUUCAUCGCACAGGUGCUCCUGUAGGAACCAUUCGACCAGCUCCUGGAGAUCCAAAUCUCGUCCCAAAGUUAAGUUUUUGAUGCAGAUGCGGGCGGCUUGCCUACCGACGGGAAGACUAGCCAGAGUGUGAUGGUCACUCUCCCACGAUAUACCUCGGAGAGUGCAGUGCUGGAGCGACGGGAACGAGAGCAGGACGGUAGCAAAAUCUCCGAACGACGGAAAACGGCAGUACUGGAGUGUGAGGUCGGUGGUGUGUGUGAAGUUUUGCGGGAGGGCGCUGUGGAAGGCGAUGUUCAUCUCAAGAAAAGACAGUUCGAAUUGCUGGACGUUCGGCAACGUAGAGAAUAAUGUUGACCAGCUUUCGGAGAGCAGUUCACGGGCGGUAUCCCCGGGACUGACAUCGGACGCAUGGGGUACAGCUUUGGAUAUGCUUAAGUAUUGCGUGAACUGUCCGAGAUAGGGCGAACUAUCGAGCAGGUCCAGGAAGGUACGGAACGCCGCGGGGGAUGAAAGGUAUACUCGAUUGUAGAGGUGAUAACGUGCGGUAGGAUACCAAGAGCGACAAGUGAGGCUGCAAGCCUUCAAAGCGCUGCGAUCGUUGUGCAGAAAAUCGACAACGUAGUCGCUCAAUUCGCUUGGGAGGGUAACCAUAGUUCUAUUAAUCGC